CGUACUCGGUAUGCUAUCACUGAUUCAAAGACAUCGGCUAAAGACGGGUGUUAUGAGAGGCAAGCGCGCCGACAUCGGGCUACAGCUUGCACAUAAGACGGCCAUUGAGGACCUCCUCAGAGAUAGGAGCAUCCCCUUGCCUUUAAUCGGUUUCAAUCUCCGAGAAGAUCCCCCUUCGCAAUGCACUCAACACUAGACAUCCCAUCCCUGAACGCCAACCCCACGGCAGACCGAACCAUCAUAAUCGGCGGGGCAUCCAAAAGCGCACACCACAUCGUCCUCAUCGACAAAGACCUUCAGACACCACUAGGCUCAACGGGCCACGCCCCAGGCUUCGUCGGCCAACUGAACGAGUCCCCCGUCUGGACUAGACUCGCCCAAGAUACCGUCUCUGAAUACCUCUCCAUUCCGGGCGGGUUCAACACCGUCGGUGGGUUGGAACUCACAUCCACACCGUCAGGGUUGGAGACGUUACGUCGGAGACGGGAUUUGGCGAAAGAGGCUGGGUUACCGGCUGAGCUUGUCGAGCCGGAGGAGGCGGCUUCUCUUGCGCCGCAUUUUGUUGAUGGGAGUUCGGUAGCGGGGGGAUUGUUUUUCGCAUCGGAUGGGACUGCUGAUGCGAAGGUUAUCACGUCGUAUUAUCUGGAGCACGCUCGGGAUAGAGGGGUGGAUUUCUUGGAGACAGUCGUGACAGGCUUCGGCACCAAGAAGGGGGACGAAGGAAACAUCGCAAAGAUAGCAACUAUCCGGACUAAGGACGGGGACAUCAACUCGGAAAAUAGCAUCGUGAUCCUGGCGACUGGGAUCUGGACCUCUUUACUGCUUUCAGCAGGGAAUACCUCACCUAUUACGCGACUCCCCAUCCCCAUCGUGCCCGUCGCACAUCCAUACACCUUCACUCGGCCUCGACCUCCACGUGCUGGCAAACCAUCGCCCUUCGUCCGCUGGUUAGAUCAUCACAUCUACGCAAGGGACCACGGUGACCGGGAUGGUAUGGGUUGUUACAAUCACGCUCCGGUCCUGCUGAACCCGGAUCAUAGCGCGAUCGGAGCGUGGCUGUCGGAUUUCGAGCAAGUACUCGCGGAUGCUUCUUCCGUGCCGAAGAAUGGGGCUGAGUUCCAGGUCAGCGGACACAGUGGAGCCUCGGUGGAAGAACCGGAAGUAGCAGAGAAAGGUCCGUUUAAUGGUAUCUUCGCGGUAACGCCUGAUAACCUCCCACUCGUCGGCCGCGUGCCCGACGUGGGCAAUCUAUGGCUGUGUGCUGCGAUUUGGGUCACGACUGCUGCUGGGGCGGCGAAGGUGUUGGUGAGGGAGAUUCUUGGUGAAGGCGCUGCUGCGCCGGGGGAUGCGAUGCUGCUGGACGCGCUUAGUCCGAAGCGCUUCUGGGGUCUCGAGCCCGACUUGCUUAUGGAGAGGUCUCUGGGGCAGUAUAACGAUAUUUAUAAUCGAGGGGCGGGAAGGAGAUGAAGACGGUCAGUGAGGAGAGGAGGUAAGCCCAGGUUCUCAGUUCUACAAGAUAUUUGUUCUGUGAAUGCCCGGCGUGGAGGGAGAGUGGUAAGGACUCUGGAGUGUUAGGGGCUCCUCCCAAAGCCCGAAGCCGAGCAAUAGAGGCACUGUACAAGUCUAAUAGACUCCAUUCAUGCAACCUUCCAUAGAGGGAUUAUGACGAUGGAAAAAGUCGAUGGCCUGGCCCAAAGCGUCAUGGGGUGCCUGUGUUUGAAGGA